AUGUCCGACUCAGACCCUGCUCCUGACAUUGUUGCCCUGACCGCGAUGUUGGCGGCACAAAUGAAGUCCUCAGAGGAGAGGGAACGUAAAAUGGCUGACCUGUUCCAACAAACUAUACAACAACUGACACAACCAACACAACAACCCGUGCAACCCAGCACCACAUCACCAGCUCCAAAGCCUGUCUCUGCGGAGCGACCGAUUUUACUGUCGUCCUCGACAUUAGCCGACUUCACGGCAUGGCAGGAAAUGUGGCGAGACUAUUAUGAGUGCCAGCACCUGUCAGCCCAGAGCCGUGAGACCAGAGUAUCCUCGCUGCGGCAAGCUCUUGAUGAGGAGCUACGCAGAUUUCUCCGCGAGGGUAUAAUCGUGACUCCACCGAAUCCCGAUGCGGACGAUGUGAUUUCUGCAGUCAAGGAAUAUUUGCGACGGCAGCGCAACCCACUCCUGGAUCGUAUCGCAUUUUACGACAGGUGUCAGUCGAAAGGCGAGUCUUUCGAUUCUUUUUACACUUCGUUGAAAGAAUUACACACUAGCUGUGAUUUUCCGGACGUUGUUUUGUGCUCACAAUGUUCAGCACACACACGUAGUACCUGUCGCACAAGCCUGACACGUGUGCGUGCUGACACCCUGCGUGACAGGAUUGUCAUUGGAAUUGGUGACGACGCUACCCGGCACAAGCUAUUGUCUGCCAAGGACUUGACCCUGAACGAUGCAGUCACAAUUUGCCGGGCGGAGGAAGCGGCUACCACGACGAGCAGCAGUAUCCCGUCCACCAGCCAGCUCAAUGCUGUGCGGCGGUCCGCGUACCAACGCAGUAAGCAACAAUCCCGACAGGGACAGCCUGGCAGCAAGAUGUCUGCACCUGUAUUGCCAUCUGCAUCCGCUCCCUCUUCAGGAAGCGACACACACAAGAAGUGCCCCAAUUGCGGCCGGAGCCCGCACACAAAGUCUAGUUGCCCUGCCAGCGGCAAGAAAUGUAAUGGCUGUGGCAAGACUGGUCACUUUCUCGCUAUGUGUAGGUCGUCGUUACCAUCGGACCGGAACGUGAAGCAUGUGGGCCAACUGAAGUUGCAGCGUACUCGUCUUGCUGCGCAGCCUAUUGUGCGUGUGUCCACCCGUUUAGCCACUGAGGAUGAGGCAGUCACGCUACCCUGGGUCCCUGAUACUGGCAGUGACGUCGAUGCCAUUGGCGAGCAUCAUCUCGAACUGCUUGGCGGGUUCCCCGAGAACCUCGACCAUGACCCAGAGUGCGUCCUAGCGGCAUCUGGAGAGCAGUUGCAGAACGUCGGCAGUAUUCGUGCUUCACUUCAGGUUGGCGAAGUACAACACAGCACCGUAAUCCACGUGUACAAGGGUCUGGACGAUGCUCUUCUAUCACGUUCGUCCUUGAGUGCACUCCAGCUCCUCCCGUCAGAUUGGCCUGCACAGUACCCUGCUGCUAAUGCUGCCGCGCCACCUAAGAUCCGUGCUGUAUCAAAGCCGGUUGUCAAUCCUAGCUCUGCUGAUAUCGCUCGUGUUCGCGAUGAGCUACUGCAGGAGUUCUCAGACGUGUUUUCCGACACUGGCUUGAAGGCGAUGGCAGGUCCUCCGAUGGACAUCCAACUUCAGCCAGAUGCUAAGCCGUCAUGUGUCCAUACCGCACGCCCGAUUCCGUACGCGUUUCGUGACCAGGUCAAGUCACAACUGGACACAAUGGUUGUCGAUGGCAUAAUCGAGCCUGUCAGUGAGCCUAGUGAAUGGUGUCACCCGAUUGUGCUCGUCGACAAGAAAGGUACCACUGAGAAACGCCUCACCGUCGAUUUCAAACGAUUGAAUGACCAAGUCCUGAGACCAGCCCACCCUGUUCGCACCGCUCGCGAUGUGGUUUCUGGUAUUGGAUCGGCACAGUUCCUCACCAAGCUUGAUGCAAGGCACGGAUACUGGCAAAUCUCACUGAGUGAGCAGGCAUGUCCAAUGACCACAUUCAUCACCCCAUACGGCAGGUAUUGUUUCCUACGCAACCCUCAAGGCCUGAUUUCCGCCGGGGAUGUUUUCAACUGCCGCACUGAUGCUGCGUUCGAUGCAAUCCCGAAUUUCGCCAAGGUUGUAGAUGAUUGCCUGGCCUAUGAUGACGACUUUGCCUCCCAUGUCACCCAUGUUCGUGACAUCCUGCUGUGUGCUCGACAGCAUGGCAUUACUCUGAGCCCGUCCAAAUUCACCUUUGCGUCACGUCACAUCCAUUUCUGCGGCUACAUUGUCAGUCCAGACGGCUGGGUUGUUGACGAUGACAAGGCAGCGGCUAUUCGCGAUUUUGACAUUCCUGCGAACCGCACUGAUUUGCGUUCGUUUCUUGGCCUGACGACCCGUGAGUUUGUCUGGGAUGCCAACCACACUGUUGCGUUCGAGAAGACCAAGUCUAUUCUGCUGUCCCCUCCUAUCCUGGCCUUCUACCAGCAUGGACACGACCUCCGUCUGGAGACUGAUGCCUCUGCACUACGUGGUCUCGGCUUCGUUCUGUGGCAGAAGCAGGAUGAUAAGUGGCGAAUCAUCCAGUGUGGCUCCCGCUACCUCUCUGACGCCGAAUCUCGCUAUGCUGUUGUUGAGCUCGAGAUGCUCGCCGUCGUUUGGGCUGUGCAUAAGUGCAAGUUGUACUUAUCCCGCACCCUAUUUGAUCUGAUCACUGAUCACCGUCCGUUGAUCCCGAUUAUCAACGCGUAUUCUCUAGAUCAGAUCGAGAAUCCUCGCCUUCUCCGUCUUCGCCUGAAGCUGCAGUCGUUUCAAGUGCACGCUUCCUGGCGAAAAGGCUCUGAUCACGCGUUUGCUGAUGCGCUGUCUCGCAAUCCCGUCGGCAUCCCGUCUUCAGAUGAUGAACUCGGCGAAGCCCCUGCUCUUCAUUGCCGCAGCAUCCGUGUGUGCAUGCUCCGUGAUGAUGGUCCUCACACCAACCUGAAGUUUGCUGAACUUCGAGCAGCCGCCUCAGCUGAUCCAGUCUAUCAGUCUCUUGUCAAGUGCGUUCUGCAUGGUUUUCCUGCUCGUCAGCGUGAUUUGGAUGCUCCACUACAACCCUUCUGGAAUGGACGUGAACACCUGUCAGUGGACCAGAGCAUUGUCAUGAAAGGCCAACGCAUUCUUGUUCCCUUGGCCAUGCGUCAACGUGUUCUCGCUAAUCUUCAUGCCUCACAUCAAGGUCUCGUCCGUACCAAGGCUCGCGCCCGACAGCUCGUGUACUGGCCUGGUCGCACCGCCGACAUAGACACCCUUGUCCGUGCCUGUUCCGCGUGUCGAGAAUUCCAGUCGUCACAGUCAGCCGAACCACCGAUGAAUGACCGUCAUCCUACUCUGCCGUUCGAGUUUGUGUCCGCUGAUCUGUUCUCUUGCCAAGGCUGUGAGUUUCUUGUUUAUGUCGACCGUCUGACUGGUUGGCCGUGCGUUGUUCGAACCGGCAGGACCACGUCAUCACACGAUGUCAUCCUCGCUUGUCGUCGUUGGUUCGCCGAUCUGGGUGUGCCUGCUGUACUGUGCACCGACGGUGGCCCCCAGUUUGCAUCGAAGAAGUUUGCUGACUUCUGUAGCCGUUGGCAAGUGCAACACGUAUCCUCUUCCCCGCAUUAUCCCCAGAGUAAUGGACAUGCGGAAGCCGCAGUGAAAGCUAUGAAGCGCUUGCUGCUCAAGACCUCGUCAAAUGGCAAUCUCGACACAGAUGCAUUUCGUCGUGGUCUACUGGAGUGGCGGAAUACGCCCGGUCCGUCUGGCAAGAGCCCAGCUGAGCAUCUUCUCGGGCAUCCACUUCGGUCUUUCGUCAUUGCUGAGUGGACGCAGUUUGAUUCCUCGUGGUCGACCGUCGCUAGUGAGCGUGAAGAACAGUCACCACCCUCGAUACCUGUUUCAGCCAGUACUCCCACCCACCGCUCUCUUCCCGUUCUCCGUUUGGGUUUUCUUGAAAAAACAAUUUGA